GCCGGCGCGCGCGCUGCGCCAGUCCGCGCCUCGCCGCCGUCGCGUCCGCACGCGCCCUCUCUGUCCGCUCCGCACAAAUACACGCGAUCAGUGCCAGCGAAGACUCGGAUACCAACCACGGUGAAUGUGAUUAAGUGACGGCUUCCCAGUGCUUUGAAGUGGAGGCUCGGGCCGCCGGUGCCGCUGGGCCCGCUUGCGGCCCGGGCGGUGGGAUGGACUCCCCACAGAUGUAUGAUGCGACCGGCGCGCCGCCGCCGCCACCGCAACCCGAUCUCAAGAAGGUCGGCGAUGACAAGCGCGCGCCCUUCCCGCCCCCGGACCUGGACGAGCUCAAUGGCCAGGAGAUCAGUCUGGACCUGCAGCACCUCAUCGAGGACCAGUUCCGGGGAGAGGAGACUAUGGCGCUCUUCCAGGAGAUCCUGCCGGGCGGCCGCUCUCCUCAGCCGCGACACUUCACACGGACCACUCUGGCUUACAUGCCGCAGCCGGUACACUCAGGAGCAUCAUACGCGCCCGUGCCGGCUACCGCGGCACACGAACAACAGCCACCCAUAAAAGAGGAACCGCCUGAACCACAUGAUUUUAGGCGAAACGUCAGUUGCGCUCAAUAUACAGGCCAGUACAACCCCCAACCGCCCGUAGGCGUCAGCGGUCCAUAUGGUGGAGGAUUUACCUCCUUACCACCGCUAGGAGCACCGCUCCUGCCUCCCCUACUCAAACACAAACAGACCCCAUCGAGACGCACAUCCGGAAAGUCCGUAGACAAGGGCACAGAUGAAUACAGAAGGAGACGUGAGCGAAACAACAUAGCUGUCAGAAAAUCUCGCGAGAAAGCUAAAGUGCGCUCUAGAGAGGUAGAAGAGAAGGUGAAGACCCUGUUGAGAGAGAAAGACGCGCUGCUGAAGCGGUUGGAGGCGGUGUCUGGUGAACUGAGUUUACAUAAACAAAUGUACGUGCAUCUGAUCAACUUGAAUCACCCGGAGAUCACGGAGCUGUGCCGCAGCAUGCUGCAGCUCGGGGCGCCGCACGCGCCCGACCACACGCUCUGACCAUAGAUCGAGGUGCCGGGAGCUCUGUGUGAUAUCGUGCAUUAACUCUUGAAAGUGACCUACGUUAAGGGUAGUUAGCGAAAUUAUCAUGUGAUUUAUAUUGUUUACUGUACACGGAUAGUUUAGUAGUAAGUCCAUCCGCAGUCGAUGCUGUGAAGGCUUAGGGGCGACAGACUACGUAGAUA